UGAUAGUAUUAUAUGAUCAACAAUAACAAUAGAUAUUACUCUGAUAAUCCAAAUCAAUAACUUCAAUACAACUAACAAACUCCUCAUUAAUAAAACCCCUUUGAUCAAAAUAAUAAAUAACCACAAUAGCUUGCCUAUCAAAUUGGAAAUGCUAAUCAUGCUUCAUUCAAUAAUCCUAUGACGAUCAGUGAUUCUGAAUAUACUGGUUUAGUAUGCUCGGCAGAUUCAGAUAUUCGAGCUAGAUUUAUUGUGAAAGUCUAUGCCCUCAUUAGCUUUUAACUUUUAAUCACCUUUCUGUUAAUUUUGGCAUCUUAUUAUUUUCAAAAUUUGAGAAACGCCAUUAUCUACCCAUAAUCUAUUCUGUUGAAACCAUUGACUAUAUUUUGCUUUCUAAUUGCCUUAAUAGUAGAAAUUGCUAUAUUUUGCUGUAGAAAAGUAGCUAGAAGAGUAAGCAAUUAAUCAUAUCAUAUAGGUGCCUCUAAACUACAUAUUACUUAUUAUUUUUACACUAUGUUUUAGUACAGUUGUGGCUGCACCUUGUAUAAUCUGCUUUGAAUUAUUAUCAAAUGGAGGUAAAUUGACAAUUUAAAUAUUAUUAAAGUUCAAUUAGUCAUUAUUGCAGCAUCGAUCACUUUUGGAAUUACUAUUAUGCUCACAAUAUAUGCAUGGCGUACAAAAUCAGAUUAUUCAGCUGCUGGUUGAUUACUUUAUUUAUUAUUCAAGGACAUUUCUGCUUUGUUUUAAGCAUGAGUAUAUUGGUUAUGUGCAUAAUUGGCCUAUUUGUUCGAAAUAUUUGGUUCCAUUUAUUCAUCUGUACUAUAUGCGUCAUCAUAUACGGAGGUUUCAUGAUAUUAGAUACCUAACAUAUUAUUCGCGACCGUGUAAAAUUAUUGUUCAAAUUUUAGUCUAAUUAUUUAACUAUUGAUGAUUAUAUUAUUGCAGCUAUGUUAUUAUACAUAGAUUUUGUGAUCUUGUUUUUGAGAAUCCUAGAAAUUUUAGCGAUUAUUUUCGGAAAAAAUUGA